AUGUCUUCUGCUUCAACCCGAACUUACGAAACCAUCACCCUGCCCGCCCCCAAAAAAUACGACCGCUUUAUAUGGACACCCUUGGCUCAUCCGCCGCGUGUCCUUAUCCCCAAAGCAAUCAGGUUUUCAUCCAGCGUCACCGUACAUCCACCCUACAUCGGCGCAAAGUCACUCGCUAAACACUCAGCCAAGUGGGUUGAUCAGCGUCUCCUCCUCUAUGGCUGGGCUAUCGACACCGAGGCUCUCGAAAGACGAGGAGAGCUGGAAGGCUAUUCAGUUGAUGAGAUUGGGAAGGCCAAUGUCCUUGAUCGGUUUGGAAUGAUCCUCCGUGACGUUUGUGGUCUUGAUCCGGACAAAGACUUCCUUCCCGUGUUGUUGAGCGAUGGCACCCAUGCGAUGUGUGUGGUCCUAGCCCAGAAUCUGACGAGGGAGACGAUGCAGGUGGACGAAGAGAAGGGGCUGAAGGUUAUGAUGCUCCUGGCGACUUCCACUCGUCCUCGAUGGUAUCAAUAUGCAUGGAACAUUGAUCACGAUGGCGAUUCGGAUUAG